UGAAAAAAGAUAACAAACAAAGUGCACUUUUAGAGGAAAAAUUAAUCACUAAAAUUUGUAAGUAGGCUCUGGAGCAACAUGAACGUAAUACGGCACACAAUGUCCCUGGUGUCGUUGGGCGUGUUUCAGCUCGGCCGACGGACCAGGAGCCAGCAUUUCCGUGGCUUUCUGCUCGGCACGGGGCUGGGGCUGUCGGCCUUUUCAUCGGUCACGUACGCACAGGCGGAGGCCGAAAACGCAAAGGUCAAGAGAAAGCUGGAUACGUCCAGGUUCAUGGCCGAGCCGAUAACAGAUGCCGCAGUCCUGUUGGGGGACAAGGCCAACAUGCGGCACAGAAUGGAGCUGAUGAUUAUGGAGAUUCAGGCGGAAUUCUGCCGCGCCUUGGAAUCGGAGGAGAUGUGUGGCAAGAAGUUUCAGGUGGACCGUUGGCAGCGAGAGGAGGGUGGCGGCGGCAUUACCUGCGUUAUCCAGGAUGGCGAUGUUUUCGAGAAGGCGGGAGUUAACAUCUCGGUGGUCACAGGCUGGUUGCCACCAGCUGCUGUUCAACAGAUGCGCUCCCGUGGCAAGAACCUGACGGAGGGCGCCAAACUACCCUUCUUUGCCAGCGGUGUGAGCGCUGUGAUCCAUCCACGCAACCCACAUAUCCCAACUAUCCACUUUAACUAUCGCUACUUUGAGGUGGAAACACCAGAUGGCAAAAAGCAAUGGUGGUUCGGGGGCGGCACAGACCUCACACCGUACUACCUGGACAAACAGGACGCUCGCCACUUCCACCAGACUCUGAAGUCUGCCUGUGACGAACACGACACCUCCUACUAUCCCAAGUUUAAGAAGUGGUGCGAUGACUACUUCCGCAUCAAGCACAGGAGCGAGAGCCGUGGCAUUGGCGGCAUAUUCUUUGACGACAUCGAUUCACCCAACCAAGAGGCUGCCUUUAAUUUUGUGACUGGCUGUGCUAAGGCCGUCAUCCCGUCUUACAUGCCCCUUGUACAGAAGCACAAGAACCGGGAGUAUGGCAACAAUGAGCGGCAGUGGCAAUUACUUCGCCGCGGCCGCUAUGUGGAGUUCAACCUCAUCUACGAUCGCGGCACCAAGUUCGGCCUAUACACGCCCGGUGCGCGCUACGAGAGCAUUUUGAUGUCACUGCCCCUCCAUGCCCGCUGGGAGUACAUGCACGAGCCCAAAUCCACAUCCAAGGAGGGUGAGCUAAUGAAGGUUCUGAAGAAUCCAAAAGAUUGGGUCUAACCCAUGACAUGAGUUAAUUUUUAUGUGGGAAAAUGGUGCCUUUCAAAUAGAAAUACAUACACAAACAGACAGAUGCACACAUAAUUACAUAUGGGCAUUUUUAAAAUAAAUAUGAGCCAAAUUUUUACGUUUUA